UCCAGUCAAUCACAACACUCUGCAUCACCAAUCUAUAAGGUAUCCAAAGAUCCCAGCAUAAUCCAAGAUGAAGUUCCUUUUCGUAGUUGCUCUUAUUGCCUUGGCCAUCCAGGUGGCCUAUUCAGCUUCCACCACCACAACCACGACUGAUGCCACCACUACAACAACUACCACUACUGCGGCAACAACAACCACAACUGCCUCUUCCACCCACAAGAAGCGCUGUUGGAAGGGCAACAACUGGUGCCACACUCGCAUCCCCAAGAGGAAGUGCAAACACCCCAAAAGGUGCCACAAGACCGUUGUGAUUGUUACCCGAAGGAAGAACUAGGAGCCUUCGCCGACUUUUAUAUUAAAAAUAAACAACAUAUAAAAACACA